AAACCUGGUCCUAAUAUUUCGCUACUGCAGAGGUCAAAUAUUGUUUUAUAACGAAGUACAUUUCAGUUCAAUGGACAUACUGUUUUAUUCCUAAUUAAAAAUAUGUUAUCAUUUCAUAUCAGUAUCCAUAACUAUGAAAUUAUAUAUAUAAAUGCGUAAAAUAACUAAUUCCAGAAGAUUUAUAAGCGUUAACAAAUUUGGGCUGAUCACCGUUCCAUAACAAAAGACGAACAUAACUAUUUCAACCAAUCAACUCACAUCUUGCAUUAAGUGGUAGGUUAGUGAAAAUUUCCCUUAAUUUAGGGUUUAAGAAAUAAGGUUAUUUUUCUUUCCAAAAUGUAUUCUUUUUCGGAAAGCCAAUACCCUUUCCGAUAGCUAAGGAUCAUAUUAUUCCAAUGGAUUAUAAGGCUGAUUUACUCCUCAUUAUGAUCUAAUAUAAAUUUUGCGAGUUAAGGGAAAUGCACAUUCAUUUAUGUACACUGUUGAAAUGGAUGCACUGUCACUCAAUGAUGUUUUUUUUAAAACUAUAAUGUGUGGUCGUAAGUGGAAUAACUUGGCGAAAAUUCUAAAUCCUAAAGUAAUGUGACUACAAUCUAGUGGAACUCAUUGACUGCACAAUUUUGCAAACAAAACCUUUAUUUUGUUUUUUAUUUUACUACAAUGGAGCGCCCUCCGUCUCCAGCACGGCUGGCCUACACCUCAGAUAAACAUCCGCGGCAUACAUUAGAGGCCAUCAAUGUUCUUCGGAAAUUGAGAGAACUGUGUGAUGUGGUGCUUAUUGUUGGACAACGAAAGAUUUUUGCUCAUCGUAUGAUUUUGUCAGCAUGCAGUCCUUACUUCCAUGCCAUGUUCACUGGAGAAUUAGCAGAGAGCCGUCAGACUGAGGUCACCAUAAGAGACAUUGACGAGAAUGCCAUGGAGCUUCUCAUAGACUUUUGUUAUACUGCAAACAUUACUGUUGAAGAAAGCAAUGUACAGACUUUACUGCCAGCUGCAUGCUUAUUGCAGCUAGCUGAAAUUCAAGAAGUGUGCUGUGAGUUCUUAAAACGGCAACUGGAUCCAUCCAAUUGCCUUGGGAUUCGUGCCUUUGCUGAUACUCAUGCCUGCCGAGACCUCCUAAGGAUAGCUGACAAAUUUACCCAACACAACUUUCAAGAGGUGAUGGAAAGUGAGGAAUUCUUAUUACUUCCUGUGAAUCAACUUGUUGAUAUAAUCUCCAGUGAUGAGCUGAAUGUACGAAGUGAAGAACAAGUCUACAACGCUGUCAUGGCAUGGGUCCGUUACAAUAUCCAAGAGAGAAGGCAGCAUCUUCCAACUGUCUUACAGCAUGUUCGUCUCCCUUUGAUGAGUCCGAAGUUCCUGGUUGGUACUGUAGGAUCUGAUCUGCUUAUAAAAAGUGAUGAAUCCUGUCGUGAUCUGCUAGAUGAAGCUAAAAACUACCUCCUCUUGCCUCAAGAAAGACCCCUCAUGCAGGGGCCACGAACAAGACCUCGGAAACCCAUUCGUUGUGGAGAAGUAUUGUUCGCUGUUGGUGGAUGGUGUAGUGGUGAUGCGAUAUCUAGCGUUGAGAGAUAUGACCCUCAGACAAGUGAAUGGCGCAUGGUAGCACCAAUGAGUAAACGACGCUGUGGUGUAGGUGUUGCUGUCUUAAAUGACCUUCUUUAUGCUGUAGGAGGCCAUGAUGGACAAUCUUAUUUAAACAGCAUUGAAAGAUAUGAUCCUCAAACAAAUCAGUGGAGCAGUGAUGUUGCACCAACUAGCUCUUGUCGAACAAGUGUUGGAGUAGCUGUAUUGGAUGGACACAUGUAUGCAGUUGGAGGCCAAGAUGGUGUAUCUUGCUUAAAUUUUGUAGAAAGAUAUGAUCCUCAGAUAAAUAAAUGGACCAAAGUGGCAUCUAUGAGUACCCGAAGGCUUGGAGUAGGUGUAGCUGUACUUGGUGGAUAUCUGUAUGCAGUUGGGGGCAGUGAUGGUACUUCCCCACUGAAUACAGUUGAACGCUAUGAUCCAAGAACUAAUCGCUGGAAUCCAGUGUCGCCAAUGGGAACCAGACGAAAACAUCUCGGUGUUGCUGUAUAUAACAACAUGAUAUAUGCUGUUGGUGGUCGAGAUGAUACAACAGAGUUAAGUAGUACAGAACGGUAUAACCCUCAAACAAACACAUGGCAACCAGUUGUAGCUAUGACCUCACGACGCAGUGGUGUGGGCUUGGCAGUUGUGAAUGGUCAGUUAAUGGCUAUUGGAGGGUUUGACGGCACAACAUAUUUAAAAACCAUUGAACUUUAUGACCCUGAACAGAACUGUUGGCGACUAUGUGGAAGCAUGAACUACCGUCGUCUUGGUGGUGGUGUCGGUGUGGUGCGAAUGCCACAGCAUGAACCCCAUCUCUGGUAGCACUAAUUGAGGCCUUUAUUGGCUUUAUUUUGUUUUUUUAUUUAUUUAUAUUUUUUCCCUAUUAAUGAAAAAGAGCAAUUAAAGGAAAAAAAGAGGAAAACAACCAACAAACAAAUGACAAGAAGGAAUGAAAGAGCAAAGAAGAAUAAAAGGGCCUUGGUGUUACCUGUCAUUGAAGAUGACACUUAGUUGUUUCUCACUUCUAGGGCCAUUCCUUUUACCAGCACCACCAGUGUAUCGAAAUCGUGUGGGUGUGGUGUUUGAGAAGCUUCACUAAAUGGCAGGAAGAUACACUUGUUGAUGAAUGGCUGCGCAGCACGUAGAUGUGUAUGUAAUCACAUUUUAUUUGUACAGUAUUUAUUUAUUAGGCUUCAUUUAAAAAAAAUAUAUUUAGACAACUUCAACUUUGUUUUUUUACAAUUUAUUUAUUUCAGAUUUUAAUCCCCUCUUACCAUAACUACUACUACUAAGUUAUCUUUUUUACUUCCUUUAUUCUGGAAUGCAUAAAUUUCUAAUCAGAACAUAUUUUCUAUUUAUGAAAGGUGAAAUCAUUGAUCUAAAUUUAUUUAUCCUUUGUUUUAUUCUAGUUUUUCUACCUUCCUUUUCUCAUGAUUUCUCUGCUUGGAAUAUUGCACUUUUCACCAUCAUUCUCAAAUUCAUUUCCAUUUAUUUUCCAAGUUUAAGAAGAUGUAUGAAAUAACCAAAGAAUAACUUAUGUUUUUCCUUCCUUUUAUUUUUAUUAAAUAUGUGAAAAAAAAAAGAAAGCAAGCAGAAAGAAAUGACACCCAGUUAAGGUUGCUAUAUAAUUCACAUUUGCCUCUGUCUAAAUUCUACUUUUUUUUCUGGAAGAGCAUUUUAGGCUUCAGAUGUUUCCAGAAUAUUUGGCUGUGUAUAUUUAUAACAUGUCUGCUUGUGAAAGGAAAAAAAAGCCCAUUUGCCCACCCUUCAUCAAAAUUUAAUUCAUUCUCAUGUUUCUCAUCCACUGGCAUUUAUUCUAAACUUUUUUUAUCCCAUAUCAACAUAUAUGUUGGAGGUUUUUUUUUUUAAGUUCAAGAAAUCAAUAUCUUUCUCACUCAUGAAAAAGUAAACCCAAUAGUAUGGAUGAAAUACAAUGAUAUUUUUUUUUCUUCUAUUUUCUUUCUUUAAGGUAAUUUUUAUUUCUGUAAAGUAUUUGAUCACAAAUUUAAUUUUAUAUAAACCUGAGCAGAUCAAUACAUAUGCCUAAACAAAAGUUUCAUCUUGUAGAGUAAGUAUGAAAGCAAACAAACUAAAUGCUACCAAAAUGUGGAACAUUUUGGAUGUUCACUAGACAAGUAAAUAGUCCGUAAUUUAUUCAUAUAUGAACUUUUUGGACCAUUAGAGAACAAAAAAUACCAAAUUUGCAGAGGAAAUUUAAAGAAACAUUUUAAUUUUUAAAAACUGUACCCUUAGAUUAUUAAGUGUAUUUUUUCUGUAAAUAAUAUAUUGUAAAAGCAAUUUUCUAUAUAAAGAUUUCAUUAUUUUAGUGGUUUCUUCUGCUUGAAUACAAAUUUUAAGUUUUGAGAAGAUUUGAAUUCACCGUUGACAUAUCAGUGACACUUUUAAUAUCUUAAAGCUAUUCUGCUUCUCUACUGACUAGGCAUGCACACUACCCCAACACACACACACACACACACACAAAAUUGUCUUUUUAGUGAUGAAGGGAAGGAAGAUUGUAGUAAAGGCUCUUUUGGAUCCUGCAGCUUCAAGCACAUUUCUCUCUCUUUCUAUCUUUCACAAACAACAUACAUCAAGCAUUAACAGGUGAAGUUGUAGAUUGUUUACUAGUGUUUUAUAUAUUCUCCAGUAAAAUCUAUUUAAAACUAUAGAUAUUUGUAUUUGCAUUAAAGUCAAAAAUGUAAACUGCUUCCAAACUGAAUCUAUUAUUACAGAGGUAUGUGGAUUCAGUUAGUUAUCUUAAUUAUAUGUUCUCUGAAAGAACAAACCAUCAUCUACUUUCCAACAAUAAUUAUUUAUUUGAUAAAAUGUUGUUGGGUUUUGAAAUAGGUUUCUGAUUUUCCACAUUGUCUUCUUUAGGUUCAGAUAACAGUUAUUUUUAGGAAUCAUUCAUAUUUGUGUGAUAGCAGUAUGGUGGACUUGAUAGAAAUUUUUAUAUCAUUUAUAUAUAUAUAUAUAUAUAUAUAUAUAUCUUAUAUUUCAAUAACAGCAAAAUACUUUCAUGGAAUAGAAUUAGAACAUCAUUAAAAUAAAAUAUCUUACUAUGGUAUAUGUUCAAAGCAAUAUAGAUUUGCUAGAUGCUGCUGUUUCAUUGUUUAAUUUCAUGUGGUAAUAGAUAGCAAUUUAGUUCAAUUGUUAAUACAUAUAAAAGUUUAUAAACAUUUAUAAUAAAUUGUAAUAUGCUUCAAAUUGAUGAUUUACUUACAGUAAAUAACCCUAAUUAGUUAAAAUCAUAUGAAAGAAUUAAUAUUAGAAAAUACAUGAGAUAUUACUUUUACUUAAGUAUUCAUGUACUUUUGAUAUAGCUAUUUUAAACUUAAAACUGUAAAGAAAAAAUCUGUUUAUAAGAAGCUAGAUAUUUUUCAUUUCUGACAUAUCAGUUAGCAUUAGAAGUUAUAGUCUGAAGUUUCUAUACACAUUUCCAAAACUCCAAGUUAUUCAUAUUAAAUAUGAUGAAAUCAUUUCUGCUUAAAAUUUUAAUACUGUUUCAGGAUUUAAACUAGGGAGGUUAUUUUGUUGUUGUUUGUUGGGUUUUUUUACUCUGAUGAAAAAUUAUAGUUUACUCAUGUUUUUGUUGAAAAUUCAAAGAAGCAAAAAUAAAAUAGUGGGUAGGAGGUAUUAUGGAAUUGUUUUAAUUCAUUUUAGUGUAACUCCAAAAAGUUAGUCACAUACUUGCAGUCACCAUCAAUUCUGAAUAGUAGUCUAUCUUCCUUUAUAGUUUCACCUUUGCUUAUAAAAUAACCACCAAAUAUAUACUUGGUCAAUUCAAUCAACUAUACCUCUUCUCUACAAAUGAGUUACCAUGUGCUUAUGUUAUAAUCAUCAUUGAUUAUAUCUUAUAUGUACUGGUGACAAUAUUAGAUUCCCUCAUAAGGUUCUGCAUCUGCAUGCUUAGGAUGAUUGAAAACUGGAUGUUUGAUGAUGAGGGUGGAUUAGUUUGGUUUGGAUCAUUGGCUUCAGGAUCAUAUAGUUGCCUCAUCAUUCAUACUAGGAUACUUCUGAAUAUGCCCACAUAAUUGAUGUUAAUAAUCUGCAAACUUUUUCAUUAUUGAUUCUAAGAUUAAAUCAUAACAAGAUUUUGUCAUUUGAAAAAAAGUUAUCAUUUGUGAGUAAUGGUAAGCUUCAAGUAGAAGCAAGUUUAUAACCUAGUUAUAUUUCCUAGUUGAAGCAAUUUCACUUCAUUUACAUUGCCUGAUUGCCACAUUGUUUCCCACCCAUCUCUAUAUAUUUUAGGUCUGAGUGCCAAUCUACUGCUUGUCAAGAAGCAGGAAAGUUGAUUCUGUGCACAAGUACUCUACUCAUCAUCAUUGUAAUGUUGCACAGGCAUUUCUUCCCUAAUUAAUUAUUCCAGUCAAAUAUCAAAGAUCAAUCAUUAUUCUGUUAUUUUUGCAACUAGUUUAUUUUGCUUGUUCUUUAGAGAAAAUUAAUGAAAUAUUCCCUUCAAAAACUUUCACCUUAAAUUUAAGCAAUUGACGUAACUAUGUGUAAUCUCUACAGUUUAUCAUUUCAACAGUGAAAUUCAUUUGGGAAAAACAGAACUUUCAUUUCAUUGAUUUCACUGUACAUUUGAAAUGUUCCUAAAUUCUAUUUUCUCAAAUAAAACCAUUUUUUAAAGAAUUUUCUUAAUUUUUUUUUUAUUUACUAUUUAUUGUUUAUUGUAAUAUGUUGAACCACAUCCUAAUCUUAGACUCAUUUAACUAUCUGAGUCUUCUCUCUCUCUUUCUCUUGGAUUUGGUUGCUAGUCCAUGUGUGUUGUUCAUGGUUAGAUUUAAAUCACUGCAAUAUAAGUGAUUUAGAUAAGAGCAGUGAAUUUUACUUUUCAAUAAAACCUAUUCAGGUUUUUAUGGAUACAGCACAGUGAAGCUUACUGGAUUAAGAAUAUUAACAAUGGGUGUUAGUGCAGUACUCUAAUAACUUGCUUCAUUAACUCUCUCUUCGUGAUGUUUACAUUAAAAAGUUGUUACAUUAAAAAAUUAUUAUACUUUAAACAACUGGUAUUAUUUACAAAUAGAGGUUUUAAUUUUUUUUUCUUAAUUAUUGUUAAGGAUAAUGUAAUUAUAACCAGGGACAACUUGGUUUGAUACUUAACCAAAACUAUCUUAGUUUUAUCAUGGCCCCUCUCUUUAAACUAUAAUAAUUUCUUUCAUUAUAGAUUUGUAGGGAGGCGGAGUGUUAGUUGACUGAAUAAAUUCCCCCCACAUGACUGAUACUUCUUUGAUCAACUUUUGAGAAGUAAAAGUUGACUCCUGCAGGAUUAGAACUGAGAAGAAGGCUCAAAAAUGAAACAAAAACAUUGAAAAGCAUUUAGUCUAGCACUGCCAUUAAUGAUAAUGAUUUUUAAUUGUAGUGCAAAACCUUAGAUUUGAGAGGCAAGAUAUAAUCAACUGGAUCAACCCCUACAUUGAAAGGUACAUAUUUCUUAAACAGUAGCAAAUUGGCAGUCAUUAAGUGUUGGAUAGAAGCCUUGUGGUAUUCUCACUCUGUACUACAAAUUCUGCUGAGAUCAUCUUUGCCUUCCAUUCUUUUGGGAUCAAUAAAAAAUGUACUGUCUAGAGUGAUGGAUUGAUGAUGGGUGGAAUUGUUAGAAUGCCAGCCAUUCUAACAAUUCCACUAAUAUCUGUUCCAGUUCUGAGUAUUCAUUCUGAUUUCAAAUUCUGCCCUGGCACUACUAUCAGGAGUUAUGACUGACAGAUUAGUAUAAACAAUUUGAAAAGUAGUUUACUUCGUUUGAUCA